UGCUCACACACGCAAAACAGUGGCAAGUCGAGGAGGCCGAAAUCGUACGAAAGGACUUCCCCGCCCCCAUUUUGGUUGUCAUUCUAAUGUAAACAAACCGUCUGCCAGAAGAAAUUUUAUGAUCCGAUCCGAUUCGGAUUGGAAAAAACGGAAUUUUUUUCUGCGAAUGUCACGAUUUGUGGGCGCAUCCCGUUGAACGCGAGUUUUUCCCGAUGGAUUUGACAAUCUACAGUGAUGUACCGAAUGAGACCCCCGGAUCGUACUGUCGGUUUUGCUUCCGGGAAACGGAACUGGUACCAAUUUUCCAUCCCACCACACUGGAGCCGGUCAAUCGACAGCUGCUGGAUAUUAUUCUCGAGUGCACAGAUAUUCAACUCACAGCGGAUAGUGAUUUUCCUUCAUCAGCCUGCCAGAAUUGUCUCCAGGUUUUGCAGGAAUUUUACCACUUUCGACGACGCACGAAGGAAUAUGACCGUAUAAUUCGAACAAAAGAAGUACCACAAGUGGAGCCGGAAGUGUUGAUUGUUAAGCAGGAACCGGUCGAGGAUGAAACACUCGAAAGUGUUCGAAGACAGUAUUUAGCCGAUCAGCAGUUGCAACAUCAGCAAAGCCAAGAGGAAGAUGAACACGACGAUGACGAUGACGAGCACGAAAUUGGAAGUAGCAGCAGUACGCUAACGGCGGAAGAAUCCCGCGAUGAAGAUUUUCAGUUCCCAAGCCUUAGUGCCAUUUUCAAGGUGCGCACCACAUCCGGCUCGAGUGGUUCGAAAUCAACUCAAGCCAGCUGCGUCGAGGAAAACCGUUGCAUGGUUUGUGGGGAGAAGUUUCCCUCUCGAGAAGCUUGGAUAAUUCAUCUUCCGGUACAUGCCGCAGAGCGGCCCUUUCAAUGUCACAUCUGCCUGGCGCAGUUUAAAACCAAGUACGUACAACAGAAUCACAUCAAAACGGUGCACCAAAACAUACGAAGCUACCAGUGCAAGAUUUGCACGGACCCGAUCCGACAGUUCAAAAGCAAACGCACCCUGGAGGAUCACAUGCGUUACCACACCGGCGAGCGACCGUUCCUAUGCACGUUGUGCAAUGUGAGUUUCUCCUCCGGCAGUGUCCAUCGUAAUCACAUGUAUCGCGUGCACAGAGAGAUGCGCAAGAAGGACCGGAAGUGUAGCUUCUGUGGGAAGGAGUUCGACCGAAUACUGGACCUGAAGCGGCACCAGACCAGCUAUUGCGAGAAAAUCAUUGGCCGGGCCAUGGCGGAGCGGCUUUAGAUGGAUGGUGGAGGGAGCGAACGGUACCAUACACACAAGAACGAAAAUAACAAAGAACAAUGUUGAAGCCAGUGACGAAUACACACACACAUAUAUAUAAAUGGAACUAUAGAUUUAUGUUUUAGAGCUAACCCCACGUGAAGAGAAAAUGUACAAUUUUUUCCCGAAUAAAGCAUAACAGUAGAUUGUCUUCGAUGUACAAAAAGAGGAAAUGCA